AUGCUUUAUCAGCUGCAGGCCCUGACGAACCCGCGCCUGCACAACGAGACCGGCCGACUCGAGCUGAUUCCCCGCGACGAGAUCCCGUUCGGCAUUCCCGGCUGCUCCUAUGCCACCGCUCCGUUCACCCAUGUGAAUCCCUCAGGCUCGCGUUUCAGCGAUGGCAGCUACGGCGUGCUCUACCUGGCCGACAGCAUGGAAACGGCCCUGGCCGAAGUGCGCCAUCACCAGGAGCUGUACUGGUCCGGCGUUGUGGGUCUGAACUUCGAGCGUUUCGUCUUUCGCGGAUUGUCGUGCCAGUUCGACGAGGCAGGCCUGCUGGAUGCCACGACCGUCGCGCUGACCGACCCGAUCUACGAUCCGAACGACUAUUCCGCGGCGCGCCAGUUCGGUCGUCAGCUCCGGCAGGACGGCUUUGCAGGUCUGCGCUACCGCUCGGUGCGCAAGCCUGGCCAGCAUUGCUGGGCGCUCAUGACGCCGCGCAAUGUGCUCUCCAUUGUUCAGACCGCCCACUACGAGAUGAUCUGGAACGCCGGCAUUACCAGUGUCAGCGCCAUCGGCGAGGUUUCGCCGUAG